AUGGUGGCUGUGCAUAGCACUGACAGAGGUGAUAAAAUGUUUUUGAUUGAUGGGGACUGGACUACUAGUUCUUACUGGAGAUCCAAUCAGGGUAACAAUAGGUGGGCACAAUUGACAUACAGCUCUCCUGUCACAGUUAGAUGGAUCUAUAUGCUGGGAACUGAUGAGGGUCAAGACAGUCAAAGCUUCAUUAAAUUGCAAUAUAUGGUUUCUGGAUCUUGGUCUAGUUGGACAGGUAUACAAACAAUGAAACAAAACAAGUGGAUAGAAUGGGAGGGACCUAAUGUUCCUGUUACAGCUAUUCAAGCCCUGCAAGAACAAAACAGAAGAAUUAGAAGUGCAGAGAUACUUGUUGUGACAACAGAACCUGGAUGUACUGCUGACAAUGGGGACCAAUGUAUCUUUCCCUUCAGAAGACCUGAUGGUACCAUCACUAGGACGACAUGCAACAAUGGUGGAUGUGCAAUCAGACUGACUGAAGACGGUAAAAUGCAGGAGGCUGGGGCGUGCAUGCCAGGCUGCUCAGGAGAAAAGAACUGUCCAGCCAGUGUCACAGGUCAACAUAUGACUUCCAAUUUCUCAUCUUCAAAAAUAAGUGCAUCCAAUACAUUUGAGGCUAAAUGUAAUGAUGGAUAUGCUUUUUUUCAUGAGAAUAAUGGAUAUUAUACAGCUUUCACAACAAAAACUGGAACUUGCACUUAUGAUAUUGAUAUCUUUGACAUGGCUUGGAAAUAUGAAUAUGGAUCAACUUUGGGAGACUGUUUUGCAUAUUGCAGUGAAGCUCUUCCAUCCAACCCAACAUAUGCAUCUUCUAAUAAUCUAAAUGGACAUACUAUUGUGGGAAAAAUUAAGACUUAUACUUGUAUUACUGGAUAUGAGUUCAAUACCAAUUUUGGGUCUCAAGUGCUGACAAAAGAGAUAAAAGCAACUUGUACAAGUUCAGUGAGUAAUGUUCCAAAAUGGAUUUUUGAUUUCUCUCUUCCAACAUCUUGCUCAAAAAUAUUGUGUCCUCACCCUGGAGCUUUAGUUAUUCCUGAUGGUAUUGCUACCUUAGUCUCUAAUGAUACAACAGUGUACGUUGAUGAUCAAGUUAGGUAUGAAUACUAA